CUCUUCUGAGGAUCCGGCAAGAUGGCAGAAGUAGAGCAGAAGAAGAAGCGGACCUUCCGCAAGUUCACCUACCGCGGCGUGGACCUGGACCAGCUGCUGGACAUGUCCUACGAGCAGCUGAUGCAGCUGUACAGUGCGCGCCAGCGGCGGCGGCUGAACCGGGGCCUGCAGCGGAAGCAGCACUCCCUGCUGAAGCGCCUGCGCAAGGCCAAGAAGGAGGCGCCGCCCAUGGAGAAGCCGGAAGUGGUGAAGACGCACCUGCGGGACAUGAUCAUCCUACCCGAGAUGGUGGGCAGCAUGGUGGGCGUCUACAACGGCAAGACCUUCAACCAGGUGGAGAUCAAGCCCGAGAUGAUCGGCCACUACCUGGGCGAGUUCUCCAUCACCUACAAGCCCGUAAAGCACGGCCGGCCCGGCAUCGGGGCCACCCACUCCUCCCGCUUCGUCCCUCUCAAGUAAUGGCUCAGCUAAUAAAGGCGCACAUGACUCCAAAAAAAAAAAAAAAAGAA